CCGCGCGGGGAGGCGGCGCCGAGCAGCGCCGACAUGGCGCGUUGCUAGCUAGCACGGCCGCCCGGGAUGUGGGGCCCCGCGGACGAGAGCUCGGUGCGGGUGGCCGUCAGGAUCCGCCCCCAGCUGGCCAAGGAGCGGAUCGAAGGAUGCCACAUCUGCACCUCUGUCACACCCGGGGAGCCACAGGUCUUCCUGGGCAAGGACAAGGCCUUCACCUUCGACUUCGUCUUCGACCUCGAGGCGCCACAGGAGCACAUCUACUCACAGUGUGUGGAGAAGCUCGUGGAGGGCUGCUUUGAAGGCUACAAUGCCACCGUCUUUGCUUAUGGACAGACGGGAGCCGGCAAGACGUAUACCAUGGGCACCGGCUUCGACGUCAGCAGCUCGGAGGACGAGCAGGGCAUCAUCUCCCGUGCUGUUCGCCACCUCUUCCGGACCAUCGAGGAGAAGAAGUCUGCUGCGGCCGAGAGUGGCCAGCCACCGCCUGACUUCAAAGUCAAUGCCCAGUUCCUGGAGCUGUAUAACGAAGAGGUCCUCGACUUGUUUGACACUACCCGUGACAUCGAUUCCAAAAACAAGAAGUCGAACAUCAGAAUCCAUGAAGAUUCCACCGGAGGGAUCUACACCGUGGGUGUCACCACGAGGACUGUCAACACCCAGGCAGAGAUGAUGCAGUGUCUGAAGCUGGGCGCACUGUCUCGGACCACAGCCAGCACUCAGAUGAAUGUGCAGAGCUCCCGCUCUCAUGCCAUCUUCACCAUCCACCUGUGCCAGACCAGGAUGUGCCUCCCGACGGAGGGGGAAAACAAGGAGGUUUCUGAAUCGUCACAGAUGAAUGAAUUUGAGACCCUGACAGCCAAGUUCCAUUUUGUGGACCUGGCUGGGUCUGAGAGGCUGAAGCGGACAGGGGCCACGGGUGAGCGGGCCAAAGAAGGCAUCUCCAUCAACUGUGGGCUGCUUGCUCUGGGCAAUGUCAUCAGUGCUUUGGGGGACAAGAGUAAGAGGGCCACGCAUGUGCCAUACAGGGACUCCAAGCUCACCCGCCUGCUGCAGGACUCACUCGGCGGCAACAGCCAGACCAUCAUGAUCGCCUGUGUCAGCCCGUCCGACAGAGACUUCAUGGAGACCCUAAACACCCUCAAGUAUGCCAACCGGGCUCGGAACAUUAAGAACAAGGUGGUGAUAAACCAGGACCGCGCCAGCCAACAGAUCAGCGCGCUGCGGGGCGAGAUUGCACGGCUGCAAGUGGAGCUCAUGGAAUACAAGACUGGGAAACGCCUCAUCAACGAGGAGGGUGUGGAGAGCAUCAACGACAUGUUCCAUGAGAACGCCAUGCUGCAGACAGAGAACAGUAACCUACGUGUGCGCAUCAAGGCCAUGCAGGAGACGGUGGACGCGCUGCGGGCCCGGGUGACACAGCUUGCCAGUGAGCAGGCGGGACAGGUGCUGGCCAGAGCUGGUGAAGGGAAUGAGGAGAUUAGCAACAUGAUCCACAACUACAUCAAGGAGAUCGAAGACCUCAGGGCCAAGCUGCUGGAAAGCGAAGCCGUGAAUGAGAACCUGCGUAAGGGCCUGGCACGGGCCAAUGCCCGGACCCCCUACUUCAGCUCCUCUGCCGCCUUCUCCCCGGUCUUGACUGCUGACAAGGAGACCAUCGAGAUCAUUGACCUGGCCAAGAAGGACCUGGAGAAACUCAAGAAGAAGGAGAAGAAAAAGAAGAAAAGGCUCCAGAAGCUGGAGGAGAACAGUCGAGAAGAAAGAAGCGUGGCUGGGAAGGAGGAAUCUGCGGACACAGAAUUGGAGAAGAAAGAAGAGCAGGGUGUGGUGGAGCGUGCAAGCCACGAGCUGGAAGUGCUCACAUUGCAGGAGGAGAGUCAAGAUCUAAGUGACCAUGAAGAGGAGGAUGAGGAUGAGGAGGACGAAGAAGAUGAUGUGGAAGUGGUGGACAGCUCCGAUGACUCUGAUUCAGAGUCAGAUGAUAAAGCCAAUUACCAAGCAGACCUGGCAAACAUUACUUGUGAAAUUGCCAUCAAGCAAAAGCUGAUCGACGAAUUAGAAAAUAGCCAGAAGCGGUUACAGACUCUGAAGAAGCAGUAUGAGGAGAAGCUGGUGAUGUUACAGCACAAGAUUCGGGACACUCAGCUGGAGAGGGACCAGGUGCUGCAGAACUUAGGAGCUUUUCUCUCACAGACACAUUCCAUGGCUCCUUCAGGCUCUGUGGAAUCGUACUCUGAAGAAAAGGCCAAGAAAGUCAAGUCAGAAUAUGAGAAGAAGUUGCAGGCGAUGAACAAAGAGCUGCAGAGGCUGCAGACAGCACAGAAAGAGCAUGCACGGCUGCUGAAGAACCAAUCCCAGUACGAGAAGCAGCUCAGGAAGUUGCAGCAAGACGUGAUGGAGAUGAAGAAAACUAAGGUGCGACUGAUGAAACAAAUGAAGGAAGAACAAGAAAAGGCUAGACAGACAGAGUCCAGGAGGAACCGAGAGAUUGCACAGCUGAAGAAGGACCAGAGGAAAAGAGAUCACCAACUGAGACUUCUGGAAGCUCAGAAGAGGAACCAGGAGGUAGUCCUUCGCCGGAAAACUGAGGAGGUCACGGCGCUUAGGCGGCAAGUACGGCCCAUGUCAGACAAAGUGGCUGGCAAAGUUCCCCGCAAACUGAGCUCCUCCGAUGCCCCCAUGCCAGGUACCAGUCCUACCACAGCUGCCACAGACACAGACGCAGCCAAGACAGGGACCCAGCCAUGGUCCCGUGUGCCAGUCGCCAGGGUGCAGGCCUUACCCUCACCUGCCUCCAACGGAGCCAGGGGCAGGGACCUACGCAGGGGGCAGCCCGGCCGCGUGUUCACCUCCAAGGCUGCACGCAUGAAGUGGCAACUGCUGGAGCGCAGGGUGACGGACAUCGUGAUGCAGAAGAUGACCAUCUCCAGCAUGGAAGCCGACAUGGACCGGCUGUUGCAGCAACGGGAAGAGCUGACCCGGAGACGUGAGAAGCUCUGGAAAAGAAGGGAGAAGCUGGCCCAAGAGGGCAGUGAGCCGGACCGUGGUGGGAACAGUCUGAGCGAGGAGGUGGAGGCUCUGACUGCCAACAUUGACUACAUUAAUGACAGCAUUGCGGACUGCCAGGCCAACAUCAUGCAGAUGGAGGAAGCCAAGGAGGAAGGGGAUGCCCUGGAUGUGGCUGCUGUCAUCCACGCCUGCACGCUCACGGAAGCCCGGUACCUGCUGGAGCACUUCCUGUCCAUGGGCAUCAGCAAGGGUCUUCAGGCAGCCCAGAAAGAGGCUCAGAUCAAAGUCCUCGAGGGCCGCCUGAAGCAAACAGAGAUAACCAGUGCCACCCAGAACCAGCUCCUGUUCCACAUGCUCAAGGAGAAGGCGGAGCUGAACCCGGAGCUGGAUGCCCUGCUGGCGCCUGCCCUGCAAGAUCUAGAUAGCGUACCCGUAGAAAAUGCUGAGGACAGCACAGACGAGGAUGCGCCUCUCAACAGCCCAGGGUCUGACGGGAGCACGCUGUCUUCUGACCUGCGGAAGCUGUGUGGAGAGGUGACCCCUAAGAACAAGGCCCGACGCAGGACCACCACGCAGAUGGAGCUGCUGUAUGCAGACAGCGAGGGAGUGGCUGAUGUGGCAGGCUCUGGAGAGGCUGGUCCGCCCAGCCCCCAGGGCCAGGAGCUGGGUCUGAGGGCUGACGGCAGGGGCUCCAGCCUGUCCCCACGGGAGAAGGAGCUUCCUUCCCCCACCAGCCUCACUGCCAAGACAGGCCUCUCCCGGCAGCCAUCGCUGUCAGAGAAGAGGAUUCCGGAACCUUCGCCCAUUGCCAGGAGGAGGGCAGCUGAGAAAGGAGAGACGGUCAAGGGCAAGGAGCAGAAGCAUUCAGACUCUGGGACCUCAGAGGCGAGCCUCUCGCCGCCCCCUUCCCCGCCCAGCCGGCCCUGUAACGAGCUGAAUGUCUUUAACCGCCUAACUGGGGCUCAGGGAAGUGCAACCACCCCACAGGAUAAGGGCAUCAUCAACCCAUCUCCUGCGGCCAGAGGUGCCCGUGGGGUCCCGCUCCAGUGCGUGCAGGUGGCCGAGGGCCACACGAAGGCUGUGCUCUGCGUGGACAGCACCGAUGAUCUCCUCUUCACUGGCUCUAAAGAUCGUACCUGUAAGGUGUGGAACCUAGUGACCGGCCAGGAGAUUAUGUCUUUGGGUGGCCACGCCAACAACGUGGUGUCUGUGAAAUACUGCACCUACACCAGCCUGGUCUUCACUGUGUCCACGUCCUACGUGAAGGUGUGGGACAUCAGAGACUCUGCCAAGUGUCUCUGGACACUGACGUCUUCUGGCCAGGUCACUCUUGGGGAUGCCUGUGCUUCUAACACCAGCCGCACAGCUGCCCUUCCCUCUGGGGAGAACCAGAUCAACCAGAUUGCCCUGAACCCCACAGGCACUUUCCUCUAUGCUGCGUCAGGCAACACUGUCCGCAUGUGGGACCUGAAGAGGUUUCAGUCGACUGGGAAGUUGACGGGCCACUUGGGCCCCGUGAUGUGCCUUACCGUUGAUCAAAUUUCCAACGGACAAGACCUGAUUCUCACUGGCUCCAAGGACCACUACAUCAAAAUGUUCGAUGUCACUGAAGGGGCACUCGGGACCGUGAGCCCCACUCACAACUUCGAGCCGCCCCACUACGACGGCAUUGAGGCACUCACCGUGCAUGGGGACCACCUGUUCAGUGGCUCCCGCGAUACUGGCAUCAAAAAGUGGGAUUUAGCGCAGAAAGACCUUCUUCAGCAAGUCCCCAAUGCUCAUAAGGACUGGGUGUGUGCCCUGGGCAUUGUGCCUGGGUCCCCAACACUGGUCAGUGGCUGCAGGGGUGGCCUGCUAAAGCUGUGGGAUGUGGACACCUUUGCGCCCAUCGGUGAAGUCAAGGGCCACGACAGCCCCAUCAACGCCAUCUGCACGAAUAUGACCCAUGUCUUCACUGCUGCUGAUGAUCGGACCGUGAGAAUUUGGAAGGCUCGUGGAGUACAGGAUUCUCAGAUGUCUGACUCCGGGGAUGCAGGGGAUGAUGGGGCAUGUGCCUGAUGCUGGCCAAGGCUGAGCUGGCUGUGGAAUUGUCGCUCCUGUCAGGAGAGUCACUGCAUCCAUCUGGGUCCAGCUCCAUCCAUGGAGACUAGUAAAGCUAUGGUGUCCGCGCUUGCCUACUCCUGGCUGUGUCUGUCCUGGUUCUGAGCGCCUGUGCUGCUGGGUAGGACCCCAGGGGAGUCCAGUGUGUGUCUGUCCCAGUCAGAGAAGUCCUUGCAGUAGCAGCAGCACUGAACCUUGUCCUUUCUGGUACCUCUUCAUGUGCUCCUCACAUAGGAGGUCCUGACUGGCCUUGUGUGUGGCCUUCUCAUUACCUCUUGUGCCCAGGCCUCAAGCUAUGGGAGGUGACAAAUGUGGGGGGCACUGCUGACCUUCUAAGUCUGCUGGGCCCCUGCAGAGCUCAUGUGAGGUUCCAACGCUUCUUGCAGCUGCCUGUCCUGCCAAGCCCAUGCCUGGGCACCAAUGUCCCCAGUGUCCUUAGUGCCGCGUUCGUGUGUGGUGGAAAAUGUCAUGAAUGUCCUAGCAUAUAUUUUGGUCUAUUUUCCUAUAUGAAGUGGUUUCUAUUUCCACAUUUUAAUUUCAUUUUUAUUUAACAAUAGUAUUUCCUGGCCCUUGGGAGUGUGUUUUGUUUGUUUGUUUAUAUGCUGCUAAGUCUAUUUUAAAUACACGACAUGAGUAGAUCUUGGGGGCUGUGAGAGAGAGAAAGAGAGAGAGCUGGGUUGUUUGAUGGGAAAGCUCUGUAAAUAGACUGUAAAGAGAAAAAUGUCUUGCAUUGAAACUGAAUCAGGUUUUUAAAAUGCUGUUGACUGGAUUUUGCAAAAGGAUGUAUAAUUUAUCUGUUGCCUCUGAGUAUUAAUUUGUAAAUUCUGCCAAUUUAAUUGUAUGUAGAUGGUUUAACAUUUGAAAAUAUUGUCAUGUGAUUUCCCCCCCACCUGAAAAUAUUUGCUUGUAAAUGAACGCUUAGCUAGGGCUUAAAUAAACCUGUUGCUCUGGA